GGAGAUAACAUAGCCGGAAUCUAAAUCUUUGUUUGCAGGAUUCUCUCUCUCUUUUUUUCUUUUUUCCCAUAUUUACAUAGUAUGAAAUCAAAAACCUGGCUUACUGUAUCUUCUACAGCCAAACAUUGGUCACAUCAUCAACAAUCCCUUUUAUAUCAACACUCUUUACCUUCUGUUACCUCUGUUCGUCAUUUACCUACUGUGGUUGACCCUCCUACACCCUCAAAACCAUCACCCAGUAUUAUAACCACCAAGAAAGAAACAGCCAGACAUCUAGCUUACACAACCACGCCUCGUUACUAUCCCAUCUAUACACACCCUAAGCGAUGGUUUGAACCUCAUACAAGACCUUCUUUUGUGUUUGCCCAUGGUGCUUCUGGAUUUGCUAAAAGACAACGUUACACAACCCCGGAUACACAUAAAUACAAUAGCCAACAUUAUUAUAGUAUACAGAUUGGAGAAGAUGCUUAUUUUAGACGGUCCGAUGCUUUAGGUGUAGCUGAUGGUGUAGGUGGAUGGUCUGGUGUAUCAGCUGCCAAUGCUGCUUUGUAUUCUAGAAAAUUAAUGCACCAUGCUUAUCUUGAACUAGAGAGAUUGAAUACCAUGGAAGACGCUGAUCCUGUAUGUAUUUUACAAAAGAGUUAUGAAGAAAGUAUGCAGGAAGCGCAAAAAGAAGGUAUCAUUGGUUCAUGUACAGCUUGUCUGGCUAUUUUACGACACCAAGAAUUAAGGAUUGCCAAUAUUGGCGACUGCGGUAUCUCAGUCAUUCGUCAGAAUAAUUAUAUCUUUCGUACAGAAGAACAGCAACAUGCAUUCAAUUUUCCAUACCAAUUAGGGACCAGUUCGCCUGAUAGACCCAACGAUGCUCAAUCCUUUACAGUAGCCGUUGAAAAGGGAGAUAUUAUUAUUAUGGGCUCAGAUGGCUUAUUUGAUAACUUGUUUGAUAAAGAAAUACUGUCUAUUGUAAGAUCACUUAAGCGAUCAGAACCACAAAAGAUAUCCGAUGCUUUGGCUGAACGAGCAAAAACAGUCAGUCAUAGUAAACUUAACAUAGACAGUCCAUUUGGCAAAAGAGCUGUUAAUGAAGGACUUUAUUAUAAGGGAGGAAAAUUAGACGAUAUUAGUGUCCUUGUGGCGAUUGUAAAAGACGGCUAAGAUAAAUAAAU